AUGAUAACAUUUGACUAUAAGACAACUAGAAGCGUAUCAGACAUGCUUAAUCAUCUGAGAUGGGCAUCUCUUCAUGAACGACUUGGUCAAGCAAAACCUUUUUUGAUGUACCACAUAGUGUACCAGCUUAUUGACAUUCCACCAGUCCUCCUGUUUCAGUCCGCUUCAACCAGGGGAAACAGUAUGAUGUUCCUGGUUCCUUAUGCCAGAACCUUAGAGAACCAGAAGUCCUUUUUCCCAGAUGAUCAGUCCUCCACACUGACUGAUGACGAGGUGUCCUUAUUAUAUUGUUUUCUGUGUUCUGACUCCGGUCCUCCUGACUUCACUAACACAGAGUGGUUGGACAUGCUUAAUGAGAUACGACAGAGAGUGUACGGUAAAGAGAAUCCUGUAACAAGUGAGGAAGCACAGCAGACUCUGGACAGACUGAAGUCACGUGAUUAUCUUUGGGAAGAUCAGGACAUGAUAACGGAGGACACAAAGGAUGAGACAAUGUGUAGGAUAGCAUCAAUAAAGAGUCUUUUACCAUUCAUUUACAGUAGUUAUGACACAGCCAGUGUGUACCUGAGAUCAGGGGGAUACAACAGAAAACCUGGAGAGAAGUGUGUCAUUAGUGAUGAUUGUGAUUACUUACUGAUAAACCGUCUACAGAUGAACAUAUUGACUCACGUCACCAUGGAGGACACGAGUAUAUAUAAUCUGAUAUACAAGAUAUUGAAUAUUUCUAACCAAAUCCUUAAGGACAGUGAAGAUAAAAUAGAAGAAUUUCUAAUGGAUCUUAGAAGAGGAGGGGAGGCUGUACAUAACAGAGGAAGAUCACAGGACAGUGUAGAUCACGUGACGUGGCUCUGGAGAUACGAAUACUGGGCGAGACCUGACAUCGUGAGAUCCUGUAUAGGCCUCCAUCCACACAAUGACAUUUACAUCAUCGACAACAAAGCUUACAGAAAACCAAGUAAAUACCAUAACUAUUCACCGGAAAUCAGAUGUCUACUGUAUUGCUUACUGUUAACUGAGAAAUAUCAACUGAAUCUCAAUGAACAAUCACACAGAAUCACAAGGGACAAAAUCAGAGACAGAUAUUUCCAUGAUAUUGCUGAGGACGGCUUAGUAGAUCCUCCUGAUGGAAUCACAGAAACACAAAAUGGUGUAAUAACAUUUACAUCAAACGAUAUCCGCCAUGACGUCAUGUACGCCUUUGUCACGGAGUGUCUGGUGGAGGACAGCGAUCUGGAGUUUUUCCUGACCACGGCGUCACGUGUCGUUAUAUCAGAAUACUGCAGGUCCUGGGAAUAUAAGAGAAGUGAGGGAGAGAGAUGUCUGUAUGUACCGAAGUGGCCGGAGAAGAUGUACGACCUCUUCAUAGACAAACUACAGCUGGACAUCAUCACACACUGUACCAUGUCUGACGGGUGGAUUCAUGACAGUAUUAGUGAACGUGUUGGAAUCCCUUAUGAAGUACUUGGAUGGCACCAGGAGGCCAGAGAGCGGUAUGUGGAGUACGCUAAGAGAGGAACACAGACAGUUCAUCACGCCCGGGGGAUGAUUGUAGGAUGUGCUGGGGCAGGGAAAACCACGCUACUUAAACGUCUUCUGGGAUUUAGUGAAGAGGAAGUUAAGAAAGUAGAAUCUACUGAGGGGUUGGAGGUGCACGAGGAAAUAUUUACUAUAUGUGAUGAAUUAAAAUCAUUAAAAGCACAGAAUAGCAAGGACAAAAAUGGGGAAAAAUAUACAAGUUUUGACGCAGCAAAGACGUUGACAUUCUUUGACUUCGGAGGACAGUGUGUGUACUACGCCUGUCACCAGAUUUACCUGACCAGGAGAGCUUUCUAUGUUGUGGUGGUGGACGCUUCUAAACGUCUUGACCAGGAGGUUGAUAAGAAAGUGUGUGAUCAAGAUGGGAGCGUGUUCGCUGGGUGGACAUAUGGAGACUACUUUGUAUUCUGGAUAAAGUCUAUACAUACGUACUGUUGUUCUGACAACGUAAAAGAUACAAAACCAGUAAUAAUAAUUGUUGCAACUCAUUGGGAAGAAGGAAACAGACGGUUCAGGGAUACAAAGGAACUGAUUGGCAGCUUGCGGUUUCAGUUUCCAAAGUCAUCUUAUUUAUCACAGUACAUCACGGACCAUAAUGUUUAUUGUACAGAUUUUACUUUACCUCUCCAUGAUUUGGAAACAUGUUUCUUCGAUAUAGCUUCCAAAAAAAGAUGGAACGAAAACAUUCCAAAAGAAUGGUCUUUCUUUGAAAUAGAAAUUAACCAGAAAAAACAAAGAAAGAGAAUCCUGAAAAUCUCAGGAAUAACGACGGAAGUACCAGAGAUUACUGCUAAAGAGCGGAAAUGUUCUGAUAAAGCUGAAAAGGGAAAACAAGAUAUGCUGCAAUAUUUUCAUGAUGCUGGAAAAGCUCUGUAUUUUAAUGAAAAUGGUUUAAACAAAGAAGUAAUUAUUGAUGUACAAUGGUUUAUUGACGCCUUCAAACAUAUCAUUACAGACGAAAUACAUUUCAAAGGCAUUCUUGUGACCCAAGGUGACUGGGAUGAAUAUUACAAAACAGGAAAUUUGCGAGUGCGACUUCUUGAAGAGGUUUGGAAACAUAUAGAUGAAGAGUUUACUGAAAAGCUCAAGAAAGAAAACCAAAACUAUGAAAGUGAAGACGAAGACUCCGAAAGUGAAGACAAAGACUCCGAAAGUGAAGACGAAUCAUAUGAGGAAGAUGAACAAUUUCUACAAUGUCAUAAGGAAUCACUUCUCAAUUUUAUGCAAAGACUUGGUUUACUUGCUAUUGGUACAGAAUCCCACUAUAUUCCGUGCAUGAAUCGUAAAGAAAUAGAAAGAGAACUUCUAGAUCUCAUCAACGAAUCAGAGAGUAAAUCAUCUGUCCUUAUUUAUCAGUUUGAAUUUCUGCCAUUUUUCUUGUUUUUCCGCCUUGUUGUUGCUUGUAUGCAAGAAGAGGGUUGGAAUGUACUCAAAAAUGAGGGUACAUCUUGCCUAUACAGGAACGCUGCUUUGUUUUCGUAUAUGGAAUACAAUAUCCUUCUAUCCGUAAAUAAAGAUUCUAUACAGCUUCAAGUAUUUCAACCGGUCGCAGGUUAUGUUUUGGAAAGAGUAAAAACAUGCAAAAUACAAAGAAGAAUAGAAGAAAUGUUGAUAAAUCUUUCAGGAACAUUUUACAGAAAGAUACAGUUUGUCAGAGGCUUUAGGUGUCAAACUGACGAGGGAGGAACAAUUGCAAUGAAUAUCGAGAAUCAUUUUUUACCGAAAACAAUGAUUCCGAAAGAAGACCGCAAAAUGGUGUGCCCUUUGCAUUCGAUUACUAAUCGGCAUAUCAUUGAUACCACUGAGUUAACGAGAUACUGGGAAUUCACGAGAGAAGCGGUAUCAGCAGAGUGCAAAUAA